AUGUCGGCAGCAGCAGGAAAUUUACCCUACUUAGUUUUAGUUGAAAUCUUUUCAGAAAUCGAAGAAAAUCUACCAAACAGAUAUCAAACACUCUUAUCAUGUUCUCUGGUGAACCGUUAUUGGUGUCGUCAUGCACUUCCGUUUCUUUGGCGUCGUCCGUUCAACUGUCGUCCGGAAAACUAUGCAAAACUGCUCUCAAUCUACCUACAAUUCACCGAUCCCGACGACUUGACUCUUCUCGAUCUUGACAUCACGCUUCCUUCUUCGUCAUCCUCAUCUCUUUUACUUCCCUACCCAUCGUUCAUAAAACACAUCGAUUUUUGUCACUUUGUCGAUGCCGUGCAAAGCUGGAUGACCACCGACGCUGACUUUAAAAAAGGAAAAAACCGAUGGAAUUGGAAACCGCAGUGGUUUCAUCGUGAGAUCCCGAUCAGUCAAGAGGUUUUCUCGAUCGUUAAACGCGGAUUUGUCGAUGCGCUGUUGUUGAAUUUCAUUCAGUACGGGGCGAAAGUAAAGAGCAUUGCGUUUUCGUCGCAGAAUAAAGAGAUGUGUCUUGAUGAGCUGUUGUGGCCAUUCGAGGAGAAUGUGAGUAAGUUGGUGGAAAAUGUGGAUUCAGUGUCUGUUUCUGGAAUGUUCCAAAAGAAAAAAGUCUUUGGAAAAUUGGCGAAAGUUUGUAACAAUGUGCAAAAUAUGGAAAUAACAAUUGAAGGAAACGCCGGCAAUUCCUACGCUCAACUUUCUACUGAAUAUAUACAACUCGGAAACUUCAUCCAAUCCCAAAAAAAUCUUAACUCUCUUGAUCUAACACUUCGAGAAAAAAGUCGAGAAUUUAUUCCUCUUUUCUUGCACUCGAUUUGGAGCACCCGCUCCACCUUAAAACAUCUUAGCUUAUACACUGCCGAUUUCCGGGAUGUCAAACAUCCAUUAAUCGGACUGGCCUCUUGUGACAAACUAGAGUCGUUGGAAUUUCGUUAUUGCAAAGGGCUGACGGGAGACUUCGUUGCGCCGUUUGUUAGUGAUGGGGCAAUGAAAAAUUUGAAGAAAGUUCGGGUGUUGGGCGGAUGUUGUCCGA